AUGUUGAUGAGGAAGAGAGAAAGAAAUCUGGUCGUUCACUUAUCUGAACCCAAAGAGGGCUGCCGGAUGCUCGACGCAUCAAUCUUUAUCGUUGAUUGUGACGCUGGUGACGUUGAUCAAUGGAUAUCGGACUGGGGAGCCGAGCAGCUUCGAGCAUGGCCGAGUGUUCUUCUUCACGGUUUCAAUCCUGCUCAAGUUCUUCCCGCUCGUUGUCUCUACCAUUCAGCAGGCCAUGAGGCGAGCGUCCAGAGAGCCAAUAGUCUCGAGAAGGUUGGGCGCGGUUUCUGGGUACGAAGCAUUGGAUUGCUGCUGAUCUGGCUGAACGUAUUUGGGCAUUUCGCCGAUACCCGAUCCUUCACCCAUCUCUCGUCGUCGCUGAAAUGCCUCGGUCCAGUUGACAGGCCCAUCAUUCAUCUUACAUGGAUAGCUCCGCACGAACACCUUUUUCGCAGCCUCAAAGUUCACCUUCUGAAUGGCAUGCCAUCCAAGCAGAGCAAAGCUCAGAUACGAUGUACUAAACCAAGGAAGCAACGAAGACUGCUCGAGAUGUACGCGGCUGCAACUUACCUGCUUGCGAGAGAGAAAGCAGUACCUUUGCAGCUCACAAUCACGAAGCUGGAAAGAGCUCUCGAAGACAUUUUAGAGCGACUAGAUAUGCCUGCGCUGGACCUGCCGACAUCAGUAGAGUCCAGCCAUGCACUAACGGCCCUCGUUCUCCUCCUCAGCAGACAAGGCCUAAUUCCGAAGAACGUGGUGAUGCUAUCCGCGCUAGAGACCCACCAGAUUGAACGGCCUUCGCAGUCAACUCAGAUCGGAAAGAUCACGAUCUCAUCUCUAAAGGCUUACUUGGCCCGAACGAGGCAGAUGAAUUGCUCGAGCUGUUCCAACGACACUAGGCCCACCACCUCUUCUCUGCUGAGUCUUCGUGCAUCAUCGACAGUGCUCUUCACUGCCGUCAUGCUGGUUGCUGCACUACUUAUGCCAGGAAAGGAGGCGCUGCAUGAAAACAUCCACAGCCAUUUUAUGGGCGUGGUGUCAUCGCCUUCUGGCAGCCGUAACUAUCUUGGAAGCUAUCAGCUGAACUUGCAUCACGCCUUUUACACAGCAUUCUCUGAUGCGGAUUCCAGUGACGAACAGCGACGUGACUGCAUCGAGAAAACCAGGCUGUGGUAUCUACUCUACGUACUGGACCAUCAAUUCUCGAUUGCCUACGGUAGACCGCCUUGUAUGAAUGAGCUCCGUACAAUCAAGGACUUUGAUCUACUGCUGAGGUCGGAGAUUUGCACAGAGUCAGACAGGGCACUAAUUGCUCAAGUGACUAAUCUCACCGGGCUUGGGAGAGCAUUCGAGCAUUUUGGACUCAAUCCGAAACGAGUGAUGGAUGGGCAAGACUCUUCCGUGCUCAAUCAUAUGCGAUUCACUGACAGUAUGGUGGCAUGGAGAGAACGAUGGACUGACCAGACCACUCAGAGCAGCGAGCUAUCAAGGAAUAUCGCUUUGCAAUUUCACUUCAGCAACCUGGUCCUGAAUAGUAUCGUCCUUCGCGGUCGACCUCUCGAGAAGCUGUGCGAGCUUCCCACGAGCCUGCGGCCAUUGGCUUUGCACGCAGUGGAGUCAGCACCCCACGUACUCGAACAAUUUCUGUAUGAUCCAAGGCACUGCGCUGAAAUCGUGGGAAUGCCGCUCUAUCUUCACUCUAUGAUCGCAUUUGCAGUGGUGUUUCUGCUGAAGAUGGCGCAUAGGUGGAGCGCAAUCGGAAUUACUAUCAGCCCAGCUGAUCGAACUAUGCCGCUGAUCGAAGCUAUUAUCUGCCGUCUCCACUGCUGCAAGGCCGGUGCUAAUCACAUGGUUUUCAGCAUGGCAAAAGGCUUCGAACGAAUGCUGAAGCAGGUCGGAAGCGUAACCCAUUCGCCAAUCUCAUACGGAGGGCUCAUCAACCACGCUACCCAACUCUGGAAGAGCAAAUACUUAUUAGAGCACACCGCAGACUUUGGCGUAGCCGAGAACGCCGCCGCCGAUGAUCUCUCUCCUGGCGAAAUGCUCGCCUGGGGCUUUCAAGACGAAGAGUUAUGGUCGGUCGGUAUGGGUUACGAUUUGUUGGAACCCGGUGGUCAAGGUCUGGCCAUAGUAUGCCUUGCGCAACUUCGACGUCCCUACUCCUUGACUAAGUCAGCCUUGCCGCCUUGCCUGGGUAAACCUCGUCACUGGAGAAAGGACAUUUUGCCAUGCCAUGCCAUCUCGGUACGUAAUCUACUUAUAUACGUGCCAAGUCGGCUCGUGAGCAUAGCAUCGGCACAUAUGCAGCCGCUCUGCAUUCACAGCGCAUACUUGCCCACUCUCUAUCGAGGGUAUGUUCAAGUGGAAGCGCCUGGUCACUGCUUGCAGGUCUGUAUGAGCAGCUCUAACUCACUAAUUCGGAAUUUGCGAACCAGCAAUGCGCGAUUAGGAAAGGCUGUUGUCCAUGCAAGCAAGACUCCAUGA